AUGAAUAUGUUGAAUGAUGAAGGUGACCAAAGCUUUCACGCUACGCGUGACGGCUACUCCCAUUUGAGCGAUGUCGAAUGGGAUGCGGUUGAACGGAUGGGUUCAACCAUGGGCAUCCAUGCUGUUAGCGUCAUGCUAGAGGCUCUCAAUAGAGAUGCCCAACAUGCUACUAUCGCCAAGUUCAUUCAAAAUGAACUUGACUCUGAACGCGAGAAAGUAUCCUUGCUUCACCAACAAGGUUCUCAACAAGCAGAGUUGUUGAGAGAACAGGGUGAUCAACAGUUUGAACUGUUGAGACAGCAGCAGGCUGAUGCUGGUGGGUCGAUGCACUCACGUCGACCCGAAACCUUGAAGAUUGACAUCUCCAAGUAUAGGGGAGUCGAAGAGGACUCCCUCUUGAGAUGGUUCGUCGAAUUGGAUGACGCCAUAAGGGCGCGUCGCAUCGACGACGGGGAUAUGCAAGUUGCAUUUGCCCAGUCAAAUCUGGCAGGACGUGCCAAGACUUGGGCACUGGGGCUCAAGUUUCACGGCCCAUAUAUAUGCGUUUGGGUCGUUGGAAGUCUUCAAGUCGCGGCUCAGACAAACGUUUGA